AAUAAAGACCACCCCCCCCACUUGAGAAAUCUCCUACAGCAACCUCCACAAUAACCGCCCCAAAACAACCCAUAACAAAACCCGUUCCACCAACGCACAAUCCCAACUGGCCAGCCUCACAGCAUAACCAAACACUCAACCGUAGAUAAUCCCCUCCCACCUUCCAUUUUUGCAGACUAUUCUCAAUACUAAAAGCACAGAGCUCGCAGUGAUUCUAGAAGAAAUACUCACUCGGCACGCAGCCCUAGAUUUUUCGUUUGCGCUCCACACGCCAAUCUCAUCAUCUUCUGCCUCUGUUAGUGUGAUCAGUUAACCGAAAAUUCUUAUCCUCUCGCCCAUAUUUUAUGUGAUUAAUUCCGUUUCGUCGUCAUGUAUAAAACGACGGCUUCCAACACUGCCUCCUCGCUCUGGAGAGCUUCGUCUAGACCUAGAUUGCUUUCUUCGUAUUCAAACGCCUCCGUUAUCGGUAGAAUCGCCUCCUCCGUUGGUUCGCCGUCGCCGUUAACUAAACUGUCCAGUAUCCAGCAGCAACAAUACCGAUCGUUUAGCUUCUCCGCCGCCGUUCGAUCUCUCCGUUGCUCUGUUCCUCGCUGGAGCCACGGUGUCGAUUGGCGGUCUCCUCUUAGUCUUCGGUCUCAGAUCAGAACUGUCUCCCCGGUUAUCGAACGGUUUCAGCGGAAUAUUGCUUCCAUGGCUUCUGAGCAUCCUUUCAAGGGAAUCUUUACGCCUCUUCCCAAGCCAGGUGGCGGUGAGUUUGGAAAGUUCUAUAGCUUGCCUGCACUAAACGAUCCAAGAAUUGAUAAACUGCCCUACUCAAUCAAAAUCCUUCUUGAGUCUGCAAUUCGUAAUUGUGACAACUUCCAAGUCACAAAGCAAGAUGUUGAGAAGAUCAUCGAUUGGGAAAAUACAGCUCCUAAACAAGUUGAAAUACCAUUCAAACCUGCUCGUGUUCUCUUGCAGGAUUUUACUGGUGUACCAGCUGUUGUCGACCUUGCUUCCAUGCGUGAUGCUAUGAACAAUCUUGGCGGUGAUUCCAGCAAGAUCAAUCCGUUGGUUCCUGUAGAUCUGGUCAUUGACCACUCUGUUCAAGUUGAUGUCACAAGGUCAGAAAAUGCUGUCCAGGCAAAUAUGGAGCUUGAAUUUCAGAGGAACAAGGAGAGAUUUGCUUUUCUUAAAUGGGGUUCAACUGCUUUCCAAAAUAUGCUUGUAGUUCCACCAGGUUCUGGUAUCGUGCAUCAGGUAAACCUUGAGUAUCUUGGAAGAGUUGUUUUCAACAGAGAUGGAAUUCUCUAUCCUGAUAGUGUGGUGGGGACUGAUUCCCAUACAACCAUGAUUGAUGGGUUAGGAGUUGCUGGCUGGGGUGUUGGAGGUAUUGAAGCAGAAGCUGCAAUGCUUGGUCAGCCAAUGAGUAUGGUGUUACCUGGUGUUGUUGGGUUCAAGCUGUCUGGAAAAUUGAACAAUGGUGUCACUGCUACUGACUUGGUUUUGACCGUGACUCAAAUGCUGAGGAAGCACGGUGUUGUUGGAAAAUUUGUUGAGUUCUAUGGGGAAGGUAUGGGUAAACUAUCAUUAGCUGACAGGGCUACUAUAGCUAACAUGUCUCCUGAGUACGGUGCAACCAUGGGAUUCUUCCCUGUGGAUAAAGUUACUUUACAAUAUCUAAAAUUGACCGGAAGAAGCGAUGAGACCGUUGCAAUGAUUGAAUCUUAUCUUCGUGCAAAUAAUAUGUUUGUUGAUUAUAAUGAGCCUCAACAAGAAAGAGCAUAUUCAUCCUAUCUACAACUGGACCUUGCUGAUGUAGAACCAUGUAUUUCUGGUCCUAAAAGACCUCAUGAUCGGGUUACUUUGAAAGAAAUGAAGGCUGAUUGGCAUUCUUGUCUGGAUAACAAAGUUGGAUUCAAGGGCUUUGCUAUUCCAAAAGAGGCACAAGAGAAAGUGGCAAAGUUCUCAUUCCAUGGACAGCCAGCAGAGUUGAAGCAUGGUAGUGUUGUCAUUGCUGCAAUCACAAGCUGCACUAAUACGUCAAACCCCAGUGUCAUGCUUGGUGCAGGUCUUGUGGCGAAAAAGGCUUGUGAACUUGGUUUACAGGUUAAGCCAUGGAUAAAGACAAGUCUUGCCCCUGGUUCUGGAGUUGUUACAAAAUAUUUGCUGCAGAGUGGGCUGCAAAAAUAUUUGAAUCAACAGGGCUUCCAUAUUGUUGGUUAUGGCUGCACAACUUGCAUUGGCAAUUCUGGAGAUUUGGAUGAAUCAGUUGCUUCUGCUAUUUCAGAGAACGACAUUGUUGCUGCAGCUGUGCUUUCUGGAAACCGUAAUUUUGAGGGUCGGGUUCAUGCUUUGACAAGAGCCAACUAUCUUGCUUCACCUCCUUUGGUGGUUGCCUAUUCUCUUGCUGGCACGGUUGACAUCGACUUUGAGAAGGAGCCAAUUGGAAAAGGAAAGGAUGGUAAAGAUGUCUAUUUCAGGGACAUCUGGCCUUCUACAGAAGAAAUUGCCGAGGCUGUGCAAUCUAGUGUGUUGCCUGAUAUGUUCAGAAGUACAUACGAGGCUAUUACAAAGGGUAAUCCCAUGUGGAACCAACUAACAGUACCAGAAAAAACUUCAUACUCAUGGGACCCGAACUCUACUUACAUUCAUGAGCCUCCUUAUUUCAAAAAUAUGACUUUGAACCCUCCUGGAGCGCAUGGAGUGAAGGAUGCCUACUGUUUGCUGAACUUUGGCGAUAGUAUCACAACAGAUCACAUUUCCCCAGCAGGAAGCAUCCAGAAAGACAGUCCUGCUGCAAAGUUUCUCCUUGAACGAGGGGUGGAACGCAAAGACUUUAAUUCUUAUGGAAGUCGACGUGGGAAUGAUGAAGUGAUGGCUAGGGGAACUUUUGCUAAUAUUCGUAUUGUUAACAAACUAUUGAAUGGGGAAGUGGGACCAAAGACAGUACACAUUCCUACCGGAGAGAAGCUCUACGUGUUUGAUGCAGCAUCAAGGUACAAGGAAGCUGGACAUGACACUAUUGUUUUGGCUGGAGCAGAGUAUGGAAGCGGAAGCUCCAGAGAUUGGGCUGCAAAGGGUCCAAUGUUAUUGGGAGUUAAAGCUGUUAUUGCUAAAAGUUUUGAGAGAAUCCAUCGUAGUAAUUUGGUGGGAAUGGGAAUUGUUCCACUUUGUUUCAAGGCUGGUGAGGAUGCAGAUACUCUAGGAUUGACUGGCCACGAGCAAUAUACCAUUGACCUUCCAAGUAAUAUCAGUGAGAUAAAGCCUGGUCAAGAUGUGACUGUCACAACCAAUGAUGGAAAAUCGUUCACCUGUACUGCACGCUUUGAUACCGAGGUCGAAUUGGAAUACUUCAACCACGGAGGCAUUUUGCCAUAUGUUAUCCGCAACCUCUUGAAAGAGUAAAUUGCUUCGGUCGAUGGCAACUUUCAAUUGUAAAGUGUGAGAAGAGAAUAAAUUAUUUUAAAUAAUAAUAGAAGGAAAUCCCUUGAGCAGGGGAGGCAUUUGUUUUUUUAGCAUCCACUUUUGAGGUGAACACUAAACAAAGGAUGAGCGGUAUAGAUAUUUUACUGUUUUCCCACUGAAUCCAUCCAUGAUUAUGGAACUUCUCUUGUUUUAUGCACAUUUAAGUUGGUAGAAGUUUUGUACAAGUUUCUUCAUGAUUUCGCCAUCCCCUCUGAGGUAUAACAAAUGCAUGCUUGUGUAAUAAUAGUCUAGGAACCUGUAAACAGUCUUGAGCAACUAUCAGGAUUACAAAAUUUCCUUCA